CACGGAACAAACACAUAGUGACGCCUUAUUAGAUAAGAAGCUGGGUAUAUAUGGGAGACGAGAUGCUCUCCAACACACCAAGGAACACUACCUACAGCCAUGAAGGUCGCUCUCCUGCUUCUUCUCGCAGCCGUUGGAGCAUACGGCCAGUCAUGCUACGGCCUGUGUGGCGCCUUUGACCCAGCAAAUGACUGCCAAUGCAACGUUUAUUGCACUGAUUUCGGAGACUGUUGCAGCGACUACUCUGACGUUUGUCUGACGUGCGCUGACCGCUGUGGGGAAGAGUUCUUAGAUACAAAACCUUGCCAGUGUAACGAAGCGUGUGUAGGGGCCGCGGACUGCUGCAGCGACUACGAGGAAGUGUGUGGAAUUUUCUCAACCAUAAAGUACUGGAGCAUUGUAACCUUUGGUCAGAUAAGAAGAUGGGGUAUAUACCUGUGGCGCCAGAGUCCCCACACACACACACUGGUCGCCACCAUGAAGGUCUGUCUCCUCCUUCUCCUCGCAGCCGCCGGGGGCUCUGCAGCCGGGGUGACCGACGAAGAACUGUGGGUCCUGACGGAGAAGUUGUUUGAUGCCGACGUGAACGCUGUGGGCGACCAGCUGACCAUUAACCUUCAGGGAGAAGGUACCUCUGGCGACCUUGCAACUGGACCACUGUUCGCAGUGGUGCCGGACUCUGCUCUGAGCGGCACUACCAUCAAGCUGCUGAGGCAGGUACAGGACAACUACAUCCCAGAAAUCACCGUCGCUGAAGUCCACACCGCCGAUGAUAUCGCCGAGCAGGACGCCCUCCUGGAUGCCAUGAUGAAUACACAGGUCAUGAAGCUCACCGAGACUUUCCUACACGAUAACGGCCUCCUGACCGGCAGCUUGAGGGACAAGCUGGACGAGAUCUGGUUUACGCUGUACGUCAGGUCCGGCGGAAAGUUGGGAUCCUCAGGUUUCGAAAAUACGUUUGUUGGAGAACUUGGAACCGGAGAGGUCAUCGGCUUAAACAACUGGGUCAGUUUUUAUACUGAAGAACAAAAAAAUUAUCUUGACUAUGGAGGUUGGUUAAGGAUUAUUGACCUCGGCACCAAGGGUCACAUUUUAUUGGACCACUUCGAGUGGCUCGCUGAACCCAAGGCCAGCGGAACAAUGUUCAUAGGAACGUCGCCUGAGAUGGAAAUGGCGACGUACACGGUGUGUUUCCUGGCGCGGCCCGACUCUCUCUGUACAGUACAGAUGGAUAACCAACAGUUCAAUAUCGUGACGUCCACAAUUCCGUACAACGGCAAGAUCUUAGUUGACAGUGCUUACCCUGAAAUUUAGUAUGACUAGUUUCCAAAUGAUUCUCUUUGGAGUAUGUCAUAAGCUACUGAGUUGUCCAUCAACCCAUAAAUUUCUACAUUAGUUUAUACUUCACAUAAUAUAAUAGUAAAAUCCCUCAAGUUACAAGUGGUAAUUUGUUGUUCAUAAGCAUAAACACUAGGCUUAAUUAUUACAGCAGUGAAUUAUCCUUUAUCACACUAGAAUAUCAAGAGGUAAUAGUUUUUUAUUUUAAUUUCAACACUGAUCACAGUUUAUAAACAUGACAAAUUAGUCACCUAUUUGAUCACGAGGGAUGCAUAAGGACGCCUUUCAUUUACUCUGCUUAAUAUCUAAAUUAUCUGCGCUAUCAUCAAGAAACCGCUGUACGUGAACGUAUGUUAAUCAAUAAAUGUGUUAUUAUUUAUUAAAUACCUAAGUGUCUGCAGCACAAAGCAUUACACUAAUAAAAAUAUUAUGUA